CUUGCAGUUGCUUUGCAUCAGUGGUGAGACGCGGGGACCACCUCCCGACCUAUCCACCUACUUACCUGUCCAGGUGCCUGCACCGUGCCCCUGACGUUUGCAUCGGGAUACAACAUGCUCUUCAAGGUGUCGAGCCCGGACAGUUUGCACGAUCAGAGCAGCAAUGACAGCGGCAUCGACGACUGCCUGCGAAGGAGCAAAUGGUCUCCUGCGGCCAUUCCCAGCCAAUGCCCGCAACUGAGUCCAUCCUCUCCCACCCCGACCGUCUAUAAACACUGCAAACGCGAACGAAGGAGCACGCCGGAAGCAGCAAACAAGAUCAGGGCCGGCACAAAUAACCAAAGUAAUUUAGAAUCGCAAAAGAAGUACCUGGGAGUCAGAGUUCGUCUGCCAGUCCGAGAUCUUCUCCGAAAUUAUCGCAAAGCCAGAGGAGAAGAACCAAAAUCCAGCCAGGCAGAUGCGGCCUGCAAAUUGAAUAAUGAAAGAAGACGUGUUGUCAAGGAUUUGACGCAUAGUCGUCCAUGUUCUGCUAAAGGGAACAAACAGAGAAAAAAGAUACAUGUUUGGCCUCCGAGAAAUUUUGAAGAUCUGUUUGAAGAUUUGGUGGAGGUUCUGGAGUUGGAUCUGAAGCAAGGUGGGACAUGCCCCCUUCAGAGGCAGAUUGAAGUGGAUUGUCCACCGAGGUGUUACAUGGGCUGUCCCUUCAGCCUCAGAGACUUGCACUCCAGAAACCAACGCCUCCCCGCUCUCCAAACUGAAGACGCUCCCCCAGACCUGGAAUCUGCAUCUCACAAACCCUAUCCAGGUUCAGAAUGUCAGUCUUGGCACGGGUCACCUGGCGGGUUGGUAGCCUUUGGAGGUGAGAGCUGCGUCAACAUGGCUGAUGAAGCGAGACCCGUCAGUCAUCAUCAUUGUUAUUCCCAGGACACCAAGCAUCAAUCUCAUCCUCAUUCUCCGUCAUCGGAGGCUAAAGAAUUUGGUCAAGCUGUAUUGAGUAUUGCCCACAGCUGCAAACUGACUCGGGGUGAACCUACCGGCUCACUGGAAGCUUCGAAACAGCAAUAUUCUCCGGGAAGCUCGGUGUUGUCCUUCUUCCAGUUUCAACUGCAGCAACUCGAGGGUAGCCUCGCCUCCCUGUCAGCUGAAGAUAUUCUGUCCGUCGACAAGAACGGCAACACAUUGCUUCAUUGUGCUGUCAUUCAGGGAAAGAGAGCACACGCAUACAGCUUAGCCUGUAGGAUGUCUGACAUGAAUAGAAUUGACACAAAGGAUCCCAGUGGUCAAACUGCUUUACACUUGGCUGCUGAGCGAAACCAGCACCUGAUGGUCAACGAUCUUAUUUCACUCGGAGCUCAGAUCAAUGAAAGAGACUUUUUAGGGAGGACUCCUGUCCACUUGUGUGCAGAGAAUGGGUUUCUCCGAGUAUUACAGGUAAUAGAGAGGAUCCUGAAAAAUGGAACAGAUGUGGACAUUGAUGCCAGGGACAACCAUUGCCUCACCCCAUUGCACUAUGCAGUGUUGGCUCACAUUACAACAGUAAAGGAGUUUGAGAACUCGGAGAAGGGCAGCGACUUGUUGAGGUUCCUGGAGCUGAGGAAGGAGCAGCUCCUGGAUGGAAUGAAAAGCCUGCUGAGGAUGGGAUCUUCUCUCUCCAUGCAGGUAUGA